AGCAGACCUUGUUUUAGCGUUGUCAGGCAAAGUACGUAUCCUUCUGCGAAGGGCAAUAGAAGUUCGGUUGUCUCGUGAAUUUGCAGCAUGACAUAAACUUGAAACUAAAUGAAUGCAACAUUCAGGCGGUUUUACUUGGUUGAUGGCUUGCACUCAUGGCUCAUGGCGAUUCUCGGGUUGUUGUGAGCGGAGGGAUCAUUCUGAACAGGUUUCGGAGAUUCUUGGAGCGACUGUCCCAAGAAAUCGAGCAAGACCAGUUUGAAGGUUUGAAAUUUCUUCUGAGGGGAUCAAUUCCAGCAGGAUAUCUGGAGGAGUGUAGAAAACCAAGAGACUUAUUUACAAAAAUGAUGCAACAGGGUCUCUUAGGGGAGGACAACUUAGACAACCUUCAGAAACUUUUAACGGACGUCAAUAGGCUCGAUCUUGUGCAACGUGUAAUAACCUAUAGACAGAGUGAAUCACCAGGUGUGGAGCUGGUUUGCUUCUCUUUUGGUAUGCAAGGGGCAGAUAUCAAUGUGAAGCAAAACCUUGUACAUAACCUGAUUGAUUAUCUGGGUUUGGAUCCUUCAGAAAUACACCUAGAAGGAAGUGAGCAAGUGGGAGUCAAUUGGUGGAAUGUGAAUUGUAGAAUUCCCAAAAGGAAGGAAAUGUUAGACAACUUGCGAUGGGCUGCUGUUCAAAAACUCCCUUGGCUUAACCAUUGUGGGGUCAAAGCAGUGCAAAUUGGUAAUGAAUCCCAAAUUCUACUGCAGCCAAUCACACGCUCACACACACUAAUCACACCAGAUUGUAAUCACAAUGACAAAAACCUGGACCUGAUUCUGGUCAUUGACUGUGCUUUAUCAAAUCCAGUGCUGUUAGGACGUCUGAAGACUCAGCUGAGGUACCUGAUCAAUGAUAUUUUUGACAGUUUCCACCUCAGACUGGCACUCAUCAGUUACCAAAACCAUAAAAGGCAUCCACGCUCAGGAAUGCGAUCUGGUGAUCUUCAAAUUAACAACACAGCAUUAGUGCAGAACUUUACUGACAGAAGGGAUAUCAUGAAAGAAGCCAUAGAAAACCUGCGUCGUUUUGGAAGUAAAGGUACAACUAGAGGGCUAGCAGAUGGGCUAGCACUAGCAGUGCAACUCAGUGAACUUGGUGAUGACAUUAACAACCUUAAGUGUCGCAAAAAUGCUAUCAAAGUCUGCAUAUUACUGCCCAUGCUGGAACAAAGGACUAAUCUUGAAAUCUUUGAGUGUGAACAUGGCCAUGAUGUGAUGAAGCUCUGUCAACAGCUUACAAAGAAUUAUGUGACUCUUCAUACCAUAGUGAUCCCCCAGCCAAUGCCAGCAUACCUUCCAGACCUGGCACAUGACCUUAUGACAGACUUUUUCACAGGAAUUUCCCUGAAGACUGGUGGUAAAUUUUUCCAGAUACCAGAUGUCAAGUUUAUUUCCCAGGUUGCCAGGUUUACAAUUGAUGCAAAUAUCUCUGAGGAACAUCUCUUUGGCACUGCUUAGGACAUUGUUGUUGAGGAAAUCAGACAGGCAGAAGGUGGAGAUGUCUCCCUAGAGGAUCUGAAUGUUAAACUUCAAGAGGGCCUUAAUCGCAGAUCUUCUCGUGUCAAACGUAUACUAUUUGAUGGAAAAUUGGCCAUUGGACCAGCAACAAAGUUAGCAAAGAAAUUCUUACUGGAUGAAGACUUUCCCAGUGCUUGUGCGACAUUUAAGUCUGCUCUGGAAAGAAUACGUCAAUCGACAGGUAAUAUCUUUGGAGUGCGUGGAACACCAAGUGAUAUUGAAAUGGAGGAAGCACAAACUACCACUCCACAAUUUUCUUUAUCCACUGGUUGUGUAAUAACCACAGAUGACUCGGAGAGGAUACUUCAGAGAGUUGUUCAACGGAGAUUCUCUUCUGGAUAAUGUUAAAGGCAUAAAAUGUUAAUUCUGUAUCUAGCAUUCAUAUGACUGUACAAAAGCUUUGUAACACAUGCUAUUCAUAUGUUGUAUUGGCCCAAACAAAUUCUGCCUCUUAGCCACAGUUUGGUCAAUGGCAUUUCAAAAUGUUCUAUCAAAGAUGGAGAAAUUUCAGUUAUGAUACCACAUAGUGGUAUUAAAAUCUUAAUAAGGUAUUCAUUAGACUAUUGUUGACCAGUUAUAAUGUAUGUAAUACAUUGUACUUUGUUAUUAUUGUGAAGUAGGUAUUUUGGUUUAGUUUUGUCCUUGGUACAAAUUUAAUAAUCCUUUUUUUUCAAAUGAAUUUGAUUCACUAUCAUAAAAUUAUUGAAAAACAAACUAAAGGAAAAUUUAAUGCAAACCAAGGAUAAAUUUGUAUGACAAGUUCCACACUACUUUGCAUGGGAGAUACCAGAGAGUAAUCUGUGAAAUUUCAGGUGUUAAGCAAGAAAGACUUGCUUGACAAACUAAGACCUUGAUGUAAAAACAAACAGGUGCCAGUUCACAGUCACAUGCUGUCCAUGUGCAUGUAUCAAUGGCUGUAUUUGUUAUGUUGCGGAGCAAAUCGCCAGAGGAAGCAUGAGCAUGAGAAUGCAAGAGAGAAUUCUUUUUCAAAACAUGUAAUGGUCCACAGGACACUAAAAAUCAUUUGAGGAAUAGACCGCACUUCUAUUAGUUUACCAGUGUAAUAAUCCGCAUGGGAUGUUGGGAAAACAGGAGAAGAGUUGGUAAAUCACCAGCUGGAGACAAGUGAUGUACAAUGUUUUUAACUGUUCUUCCAACAUUCCUCGUGGGUUAUUAUGCAGGUAAACCAAUAGAAAGUGAGACCUUUUUUUUUUUAAUUUACAGCUGUUAUGGUGCAUUGUAAAAAUUGACAUAUUUUGAUGUCAUUUAGACAUGAUGAAAAUUAUCAAAAGUUAGGAAUGAAGAAAUUAGGUUUAGGUCUUUAUAUUAACCAACUUUUUUAUCACUUUUGCUGUCAUUUUUUGCUAUUUAUUAUGGUUGCAUGUAUGAUUGCUACUUUACUCUGAAUUCUCACAGGAAUCUUUAAGGUAAUAAAAAAAAGGCUGUAACUAUUAUUUUGCUGUCAGAGGUGUUUAAAGAUAUCAUUUUUCUAAGUGGUAGGGAUUUAUAAAGCCUAUUAUAUACUUUCUAGCUUUUGUCAGUGUGUGGGAGUCUCACCUGCAUAUGUGAAAGAUAAUUCAUAAUCUGUGGCAAUUACAUUGCAGUUAAUUAUGA